AUGGGGGUUAGGCACAUCACGUGUGCUCUUGUCCUCGUACUAAUAUGUGCGAGGGCAACCCCGGCCAAUGCGUUUACCGAAAUACAACAAACGGAAUGGCCCGCAUACUCAACACAAACACCACCGCCAAAAAACGACGGAGGUGCCGGCGAAAAACAUUCUUUUCAGCCACAUAGUUACAAACCUGUCGACAACAAUGCCAUUAAGAACGUAAAACAAAACCACCUCUCCCAAAACGAGGUAAAAACCGAAAUAUAUGAUCCAUCUAUCGAUCAUCAGCUAUUAAACACCGCACGCGCGGAAUACAAUGACCACACAGAAUUCACCGCAAAACCACGCUCGCACAUCGCUGCCAUCGAACUAGAAAAUGGACCUGACAAAACUGACUUCGAUGAUAAUUCGCUUCUCACCUCGUCUGAGAAGCCCGCUGAGAGCAGCAGUGCCGAGACUAGCAGCUCGUCUGAGAAGCCUUCUGAGAGCAGCAGUGCUGAGGCUAGCAGCUCGUCUGAGAAG